CAUAAUGUACUAUGUCUCUAAUCUUCAUGUUCCAUACUAAUUUAUUUUGAAUUUAUAGUUGUAACUUGUAGAAUAAUGGUAGGUAUCAAAAUUGUGCUGUUUGAAAUUUUGAAUGUGCUUGAGCCGUAAUUGUAGUGUUGUAAAUAUAAAAUGAUAUCCAAUCAAUGGGAUGACCGAUUUAUAUAAGUUGUUUGAUUUUUAGUCGAAUUUGUUACUAAAAAUAUUAUUUCCUAGUUUACUUAUACGAUUCUGACGUUGGUGGAUAGAAAGUAUGGAUAAACGAUUGGAUUACGAGAAGAGUAAAAACUAUUGGUCUAAUGUCCCUGCUUCGGUGAAUGGCAUGCUUGGCGGGUUCUCCAAUUUGACGAUUAUGGACAUCAAGGAUUCUGAUCUCUUCCUUAGAAAAUUGUUCCAAAUGAAAGACGGUCCGUCCAAUGGUCGAGUGUUAGACUGCGGUGCCGGCAUCGGCAGAAUAUCCGAGAACCUCUUGUGCAAACACUUCAAAUGUGUUGAUAUGCUGGAACAGGACGAAAAGUUUUUGGAGAAAGCCAAACUGAAAUGUCGAGGUGCUAAUGUAGAAAACUUUUACUGUUCUGGAUUACAAGAAUUCACGCCCACCGACAAUCAAAAAUAUGACGUCAUAUGGAUCCAGUGGGUUCUUGGUUACCUUACAGAUGAUGAUUUGGUCGAAUUCUUGAAAAAGUGUAGUAAAUUAUUAAACACAAAUGGCGUUAUAGUCGUUAAAGAAAAUAUUUCUCGAGACGAUGAAGGAGAAAUAGAUUCAGUAGACAGUUCAAUAACGAGGAGCUUCAUACAAUUUUGUAUUAUAUUCCAGCAAGCAAAUUUAAUAUGUAAAGCAAGCAGAAUCCAAAAAAAUUUCCCAUCAGUAUUGUACAAAGUUAAAAUGUUUGCAUUAAAACCAGCUAAUGACUAAUCAAAUUCUUGAUAAAUAUAUAUUAUAUAUAUGUGUAAUACUUACAAAAUAUGUAAUUCAUGAUCCUUUCAGACUUUUAAAUCGCCGGUUAUCAUUAACCACACGUGUGUGGACAAUCGAGUACUUGCAUAUAUUUUUAAUUAUUAACAAAUUAUUUAUUUUGGUCACUAAAGCAUCUAAACAUCCAUUCUAUCUAGUCAUAAAAUAUUUAUAAUGCUAAGUACAACUUAGUAUAACUUCAUAUGUAUGCAUAGACGCAAAUAGCAUUUGGAGGGGGGGGCGGGCUAAAGCCUUACUUUUAUAAUGUUGAAUAUGCUUAAAACAAAAUGUGGGAAAUUCCCCCCUAUUUGCGCCUAUGUAUGUAUGUAUAUAUGUAUGGGUUCCAUUGUUAUGUAUUUGGUACUACAACAGAAUUUUGUAUGAAUUAAUAAAGGUCAUAUCUAUAUAUCUA